UCAUCAAGCUAUAAGUGGUUUGAUCAUGUUGAAGCGUUCAUCUGCCAGCCGGGCUGGCCAUCUCGGCGUUACCCUGCUGCUUUUCUACUUCUCCACGUGUUGCUCUCUGAAGUGUCGCACCGAGGAUGGUCCUUCCGAGUCGGAGUUGAAACGUAUCACGCGCAGUUGCAUGCGUAAGAUCGGUGAGAGUUUGCGUCCGAGCAACGGUGGUUCACAAGGCUACUCCAAUAACUACAAUCACUAUGGACCACUGCACCAAUCGAAUUUCGGCGGGCAAUAUGGUGGGAAUUCACGUUAUGAUUAUAAUUAUGACUACGACGAUGAUAAUGAUCAAUAUAAUGGCAAUGGAAAUAGCAACAACUAUAAUAGCAACAACAACAAUGGUAAUAACAACAAUGGCAAUAACAACUAUGAUCGUGAUCACGAUCGUGGCAAUCGCAAUGUGCUGCAGCAACGAAAUCGUGAUCGUCAGCAAAAUGGCAACUCGGAUAACAGCAGAUCAUCAUCUUCAAGCUCCUCGUCUUCGGGUAAUAACCAUGGUAAUGGUGGGCGUUAUGAUAAUAAUAAUGGCAAGAGUAAUGGCGGUAACGGUGGCUCGGGUGGCGGUAGUGGUAAUAAUGGUGGCGGUGGGGGCAGUCGCAACACCGGCUCGGGUGGUAGUAGUGGCAGCGGUCAGCGAGGUCAUACACAGAAUCACUCAAAUAACAAUAACAACAACAAUAAUAGCAACAACAGUAAUAACAACAACAGGAGUGCAAAUAAUGAUACCGCAGAUGCGUCUUGCGUGGUGCACUGCUUCUUCGAGGAGCUAAAUAUGCUCAACUCCGACGACUAUCCGGAUCGCUAUAAGGUUCAGUAUGGUCUCACGCGUGAUUUGCGCGAUCGUGAGUUACGCAAUUUCUACACCGACACCAUACAGGAUUGCUUCCAUUACUUGGAGUCACAGCGCCGGAGGGAUAAAUGCCAUUACUCACGUGAUCUCAUCAACUGCAUGACGGAGUACGCGAAGGUGAAUUGUGAUGAUUGGCAGGAGUUCAAUAUGGUUUUCAAUUGAAGGGCAGGGAGGGAGGAGAAAUACUUAAA